ACACAGCUGUAAAAAUAGUAGUGUCUAAACGCGUAUCUAAACGCGUUCAUUGAACCCGAAAGUCAUGAACAACUGCAAGAAUGCGAGAGUUCUUACAGGCUUGCACACAAGCGCGAUAGAAAUUACAGACUACUGAUUACAACGCUUCUAAGUGGCACAAGCAAAGUCAAUUAUUUAAUCGAUUUCUGGGUCAGCCGAGGCAGUUUUUAUCAGCGCCAAAUCAUGACUUAAAAGUACACAGACAUAAUAUGUAUUUUAAAUAAAACGAUUAUUCUGGGAACAUACAUAAGAUAUAAAGAUUUAUUACGCAUCACUUUUGUUUGCAAAAAAAGCUUAUGCCCUGAUAAAUAUAUGAGUGCAGGCGGAGUUGUGAAUCUAUCUGAUGAUUCUUAGUUGUACAUAUGUUAAUAUAUUUAUAUGUAGGAUUGUUUAUCAUGUAUCACCAGCAAAAACAAAGUUCAACAUUCGUCGCUUCAAUGCAUUUACAUGCGCCAUUACUCACACAGCAGCGGCCAAAAAUGGAAAAGACUAAGAGUUUGCCGGCAAGUCGCCUAUCGUAUACCCUAAGCAACCUAAGAUAAUCACCUUGCGCAUAGUUAAAGAAACAUUUGCUAGGCAGCGAACGACGCUAUCCCAAAUGUGUUUAAGUGGUAUCAAAAUGUGGGGCCAAUGGUCACGCACCCGAUUCCCACCGACUCCCGACUACAUUUGUAUUCAUAAACUGCCGCCAAAUGCUUGCCACAGACAAAACGUUUCGUACACCAGCACAUAAAGCCCGCAUUCUGUGAGAGUCAAGGAAAACAAAGAGUGGAAAUGAGUAGCAUCCAUAUUGCGCAUUCGCACUGUCUGCCUCAAAUAAAGCGCUCACUCGCUGAUAACACUUGAAAUUCUCCAAAACUUCUGUAAUGCACUGGGUGCAUCAUGAUAAUUGUAAAAUGACUGCCCAGUUUCCGAUCGCUGGGCCCUACUGAGGCUACUCAGCAGCAGUCCGUGACUCUUGCUCAUACCCCACACCCGGUUCGAUCAGCAAACAGCCGGACAGCCAGAUUUCCAGAACGCCGGUUCCUCAAUCAGACGGCCAGUCAUUCGGUCAGAACUCGAGCAGGCUGUCAGUCGUGAAAGUAAUGUGUACUGCUUGCCAUCAAUUGAAAAUCUGAGUUUUUUCCGGGCUGUGCUAUAGACAACGCUCGCGAAUUCCCGCGUCAUUCGGGGAAAUAAAUUUAAUUUCAAAAGUUCUUCGGUCAGUGUGAAGUUCGUUUUCAGCGCGAAGGGAGGGCGAUACUUGUGGUCCCUGAUACGCGAGCAAUGACAUCGGAUUAAAGCAACGGCGAAAUCCAGGAAUUUCAAGAUGCAAACUGUCAGCAGCUUGAAAUGCAGCACAGACUCCCAGAACAGCUCGCUUCAAUAUAGCAGCGAUAUCAAUGCUAUCAGCCUCGAACUGCCCGAUCAUUCGGAUGGCUUUCAGUCAGCCAACGGAUUUAAGUAUUUGCCAUCUUGGCCAACGGUUAACUUGCAUUUUUCGGAACUAAGCUAUGAGGUCCCUGACCAGGCCAAUGCUUCAAGGACAAAGGCGAUUUUGCGGGGAGUUAACGGGCUAUUCCACUCCCAUGAGCUCACAGCGAUUAUGGGACCUUCAGGAGCCGGUAAAACCACACUUCUGAACCUCUUGGCGGGAUUUGGCGCCGUUGGCAAUUCCGGUGAGAUAUUAGUUAACAACAGUCCACGUGAUAUGCGAGUCUUUCGCAAAAUGUCCCGAUACAUAAUGCAGACAGAUGUUCUGGAUCCGCAGUUUUCGGUGCACGAAAUGAUGCUUUUGGCGGCCAACCUUAAGUUGGGAAAUGAACUCAAUCUUAAGCAAAAGCUGGAAGUUAUUGACGAGAUUUUGGGAAUGCUUCGACUAAAAGGAUCCCAGAACACCAUGACUCCCAAGCUUUCGGGCGGUGAGCGCAAACGUUUGUGCAUCGCCCUCGAGCUGGUCAACAAUCCGCCUGUAAUCUUUCUAGACGAGCCUACUACCGGCCUAGAUGAUUUGUCGAGCUCUCAGUGCAUUGCCCUUCUAAAAAUGUUGGCUUCCGGGGGACGAACUGUGAUCUGCUCAAUUCACACGCCAUCCGCCAAGAUAUUCGAGAUGCUCGACACUAUCUACGUCCUUGCCGAGGGGCAGUGCAUCUACCAGGGAAGCGGUACCAACAUUGUGCCUUACAUGCAGCACCUGGGGCUGCGCUGUCCCAUAACCUACAACCCGGCAGACUUCAUCAUCGAAGUGGCAUGCGUAGAGUACGGAGAGUCCUAUCACGAACCCAUGGUGGAGGCCGUUGCCAACGGCAAGGUUGCGCGAUGGUCUCAUCCAUUAGAGGACGGCAAGGUGACGCCCACCAAAACCGACACCACCUCAGGCGCAUCCUCGUUCUAUGAAAUUAAUCAAUUUGAAGAGGAGAUCGAUCCGAAGCUCUUGCAAGCCAAGUGCAGCUGGUGGAUGCAGUACAAGCUUUUACUAGUGCGGAUGCUUAUCCAAAUGUGGAGGGACAAGUCGUACAUUAAGCUGAAGUUUUGCAUGAACAUAGUACUGGCGUUACUGGUGGGAUCGCUCUACUUUGGAAUGGGAACGUCGGCCUCUAAAGCGCUUUUCAAUUUCGGGUUCAUGUUCACUAUUGUGAUAGCAUACCUGUACCUGCCUAUGAUGCCGGUGCUCUUAUACUUUCCCACAGAAAUCAAUCUGUUAAAGAGGGAGUACAACAACCAAUGGUACCGCCUAAGCUCAUAUUACGUUGCAAUGGUUUCUUCCAAGCUUCCAUCCAUGUUCAUCCUUGCCGUUAUUUAUCUGUCCAUUGUGUACUUGAUGUCCAGCCAGCCACUCGAAUGGUUCCGCUUUGCUAUGCUAUUCACAAUAGCUUUCGUUACGGCCUUGACUUCCGACAGUUUUGGCUUGCUGAUCUCUAGUAGACUAAGCUUGGUGAACGCGAUGUUCAUGGGCCCAGUGGUCGCCGUGCCCCUGAUCCUGCUUUCCAUAUACGGCAUCGGGUACGGCAGAGGCGCUUACAUAUCCCCUCUCAUGAGGUUUUUGAUGCAUUUAAGUUUCCUACGCCACAGUAUGGAAGGCCUGGUUGCCUCACUGUACGACUACGGACGCGCAGACACAAUUUGCGAGGACACGGAAAUCUUUUGCUCCUUCAAAAAGUCGAAGGUCCUGCUAGCCUUUCUAGGCUUCGAGAACAUGCACUAUUUGUGGUCUCUCACCUGCUUGAUUAGCUUCUAUUUACUUUUCACUGUUGCUGCGUACAUUAUGAUACGGCAGCGGCUUAAGAAAUCGGGGGUCAACCCGAUUAUCGCAUACGUUCUACAGCUGUUAUCUAAAUACUUUAACUUUACAUCGUACAAUUACUAACAAAAAAUGUACCUGUUAGUGCCGGGGCUGUAAUAUAAAGCGGGAUUUGAAUGGUAACUCUAUAAAUAAGCCAUCUAUUUUAGAUAUGGAUCAAUUCCUAGGAAAGAUAAUAAUGUUUAACAAUCAUUAAUACAGGCAAAUGAGUGAUACCGAUUAGAUGUAAAUAAAGAUCUUACCAGAUGAUUUGCAACACAUACAUAGGUAUAUAGAAAUAUUUCCACCAAGAGUUUUCCGCUUUUCCUCUUAUCUUGCGGCUAUGUUGAAAUUCCCGAGGAUGGGGCGAGUACUUGGGGCUCCCUCCAAACAUACAACUCUUGCUUUUGCUUUAAUACAUAAAAAACUUUUUAGUAUCGCUUUAAAUUGAAAGGACAGCGAAUACAAUAAUAAUAAAAUACAAGACAGCGUCCCUUUAGUAAUUGAUCACGAUGACUGCGCUUUGCACUGUUGCGCGUAGCUAAUCGAUAUAUCGAUAGUUUUUAUUUAUUAUUGGCGGCUUUUCAUAACUUAAAUUUAAAUUCAAAUUAGGAAACCAUAAAUUCUAACUUUAGAGAAAGCAAUCACUUUUAACUCCCCAAAAAGUAUACUAAAUUGUUUUUUAAAUUAAAACUGUCGAUUAAGUUUAUUGCAAUGAUCAUUAUCAUGUGAAUGUGUGCUUGCCUGUAUUACACAAUAAC